AUGAGUGGUCGUACACGCGCAGUAAGUCAAUCUUUAUGUUUUUUGUAAUGUAUUUAAUAUUUUUUUAAGUAUUUGAUUUGAAAUUUACUUUAAGAAGUCCCAGAAAUUGAAGGACAGCAAUGCCCCUAAGAAGCCGUGCAACGCUUAUGCCAUUUUCUACCAACAUUAUACAGAACAGUUCUUCAAGAAGAAUCCGGGAAACAAUAUCGACCGCAGAUUUUUGACUCAGCAGAUCUCUAAAGCUUGGAGAGGACUUACAGAGGACGAGAAACAGGUAAUAGUGUAGUAGUGUAAUGUAAAGUUAAAUUCGUAGCCGUUUCAAGAGAAAGCUGCCAAGGAUAAACAACGUUAUCUAAAUGAGAUGGAAGUGUACAAGAAUUCAGAGGGUUACAAGAAAUUUGUUAGUAAGUAUAUCGCUUUCACUGUUUAUGUAUUAUUAAUGUUUUAUUUAUCAAAACAUGCAUAGUAAAUUUUUGACAAAAUCUAUACCAAGUAUAAAAAAUAUUUUAGAGAAACAAGAGUCUAAAUUGCCGGAUAUUCCAAUCUUUAGCAAAGAGUUUUUGAAGCACAACAAAGGUAAGCUGACAUCCGAUACAAUGUUGUUCUGAACAACUUUGCUUUUUUAAAUUUCAUAAAAUUUUCUAACUUUAUCCAUUUAGACCGAGACACGGAUCUUCGUCAAAUCCGCAAAGAGAUUCAACUUCUGGAAGCAAAAGCAUCGCCCAUUGUAGAAAACAUAAACACCACACUGAAAGAGUUGGAUGCUCUCCACCAUUCAACUCAAGAACACGAGAUUCUGGAGAAGGAGAAGCUCAUGGGAGCUUGGACUAGAAAGUUGAUACCUGAACUUGAAAGAGCUGGGCUGCUGGAAGAGCUGGACAUCAACUACAACACAUCGCCCGAGGAUUUCAUAGAGACUCUAAGUUCAUCUUACAGUAAUGACAUGUUGAACAAGCUGAAAGGGGCCUUCGACAAGUUUUACCUACCCUUGUCUGCAGAUUAA